AUGGCCAACUCCAUCAGCGGCACUUCUGCCGACAAGUUUGAGCUGGAUCCGCUAUGGCAGAAUCUUGAUUGGGCGAUUGGGCAGAUGCUGCUCAUGGGCUGGGAUGGCACCCAAGUGACGCCCCAAAUCAGAAGCCUCAUUGAGGAUCACCACCUCGGCUCCAUCAUUCUGACGGCCAAGAACCUGAAAUCGGCGCAUCACACUGCAAUGCUCGUUCAAGAGCUUCAGAUGAUUGCCAAGAAUUCCGGUCACCCACAGCCGCUUCUCAUCGCCGUAGAUCAAGAAAAUGGCGGCGUCAACAGUCUGUUCGACGAAGACUUCGUCUGCCAGUUCCCUAGUGCCAUGGCCAUUGCCGCCACUGGCAGUCUUGAGUUGUCAUAUGAAGUGAACAAGGCAACUGCCACCGAAAUCUCAGCCUGUGGUGUUAAUCUCAUGCUUGGUCCUGUUUUGGACGUUCUUAAUAAUGCGCGUUAUCAAGUUAUUGGAGUACGUGCCUCGGGCGAUGACCCCCAAGAAGUAUCUCAGUAUGGACUGGCUGCCCUGAGCGGCAUUCGCGACGCCGGUGUGGCCUCUUGUGGAAAACACUUCCCUUCCUAUGGAAAUCUCGACUUCCUCGGUUCCAAUCUUGACGUUCCAAUCAUUACUCAGACACUGGAAGAGCUGAGUCUCAGCGCUUUGGUGCCCUUUCGAAACGCCAUCUCUUCUGGGAAGCUUGAUGGCAUGUUCAUUGGCGGAUGUGGCAUCUCCAAUCCCUCCAUGAACGUCAGCCAUGCUUGUCUGUCUGAUCAAGUCGUCGACGAUCUUCUUCGGAACGAACUUGGAUUCAAAGGAGUUGCAAUCUCAGAGUGCCUUGAAAUGGAGGCACUAAGCCAAGACCUCGGAGUCCAGAACGGUGUCGUCAUGGCCGUAGAGGCGGGAUGCGAUAUCGUGCUCCUCUGCCGCGCCUACGACGUUCAGUUAGAGGCUAUCAAAGGUCUCAAGCUGGGUUACGAGAAUGGCAUCGUCACGAAGGAGAGAAUCUUCACCUCCCUGAGAAGAAUCUUUCACCUAAAGUCGAGCUGCACUUCUUGGGCAAAAGCACUAAACCCUCCGGGCAUCAAUCUACUUUCACAGAUCCGCCCCUCUCACCUUGCCCUAUCUCGGCGAGCCUAUGAUGAUUCCAUCACCAUUGUGCGGGAUAAAGAGAAGCUGCUGCCCCUCUCCCUUUCGCUGCACCCCGGUGAGGAGCUGCUGUUGCUCACACCGUUGGUCAAGCCACUACCGGCGUCAUCUUUGACUAAAAGCUUGCUCGAGUCAAAGAACGACGCAUCUUUGAUUACCACUAUGCAUGACAAAUGGAGCCACCAAAUCCGAGAAAGAAGCGCCAUCAUGAGCGGAGAAGGAGUCUUUCGAGAAUUCGGAAAAACACUAGCAAGAUACCGUAAUGAGAAGCUCCUACACACAAGCUACACAGCUAAUGGAGUAAGACCAGUACACGAGAAUCUCAUCAACAGGGCAUCAUGCAUCAUCAUUUUUACGGCAGACGCGAACAGAAAUCUGUAUCAGGCCGGGUUUACCAAACAUGUUGACAUGAUGUGCUCUAUGCUUCGUAGUAGAGGACAAAAGAAGCAGCUCAUUGUGGUUGCCGUGAGCUCCCCUUACGACUUUGCCAUGGAUAAGUCCAUAGGUACCUACAUUUGCACAUACGACUUUACGGAGAAUGCCAUGGCUGCUCUCGUCCGAGCGCUGGUCGGAGACAGCAACCCAGUCGGCACCAUGCCAGGAACUCUUCGAAAGAGCAAGAAAGUUCUCAAGUCCCGACAGCAUUGGCUGGUGGAAGAGUUUGAUAGCAAUCGGGAUCGAAAAGGGUUGAACGACCUCCUUCGGGCUGUGCACCGGGCCAGUGACCAAGAUUUCCGGUAUUUGCAGACCACAACCUCGGAUACCUUUGUGCUCGACAACCAGAACGUGAAAGAGACCCAUUUUGUGGUGCGGAACAGUAGUACACAAGCUCUUUACGGCUUUGUCGCUACGUAUUUUAUCCAGAACGUGGGCAUCCUUGGAGCUCUCAUUGUAGAUCCAACCAAACGGAACCUGUCAAUUGGACGAUCUCUUCAUCGCCGAGCGCUGAAGAGUUUGACCCAGCAGAGAGGCAUCAAGAAAGUGCAGCUAGGAUCGUGUUUUCCCGCUCUUUUCCUCGGAAUCCCUCUCGACAUCGAAGUGACAACGACAAAAGAAUGGUUCAGCAACAGCGGGUGGGAUACUCAGUUCCCACGAAGACUCACAAACAUGAUUAUCCAUGAUUUGAGUGCCUGGUAUGCUCCUGAGGGCCUAUCGCAAAGCAUUCAGCGAGCCAAUAUCAGCUUUGACCUGAUUUACGGCGUGGAAAGCGGGGAUACCGUGAUGCACCACGUGCGAACUCACGCAAACCCGGAAGUUCUCGAACUCUACCGAACUGCAUUGGAAGAGAGCAAGGCUUGUGGUAUUGUGCGAGCCAAGGAUGCAGCAGGAAAUCUACUAGGAACUAUCAUCAUCUGUAGGCCAAAUAGCCCCCUCGCCAGAUAUGUUCCCCCAUUGGUGUCGCUUGGGCAAGACAUUGGCGGUCUCCUGGCUCCAAUUGUCCCUCCGGCACCUCUUUCGACUUUAGUGCUGCAAGGUCUUGCUUUGAUGGGCGUUCGACAAAACAAGGGCCACAAAGCAACCCAGUCAGUACUAAGCUGGGUUGUCGACGAUGCUUUUGAGCCUCUUGUGGCUAUGGGAUUCGAUGUUUUGCAGGCAUUCGAGGAGAUAACGAAUUCCCCUGAAAUGUUUCAAACUUGAAGAUGGACGAUAAUUCGCAUUGAGCUAUGUUACCACUGAUACUUACACGGUAUUGCUUUCCCUUUGAUAUUCUUCAUCAAAGAUAUCUUUCCCUAUGCAACGCUGCUUGUUUUCCUUGGUACUGGGGUUUGAAUGAGGGGUAGUAGUACUGAGCAACCGUUGCACAAGCUUGUCGCUAUUCUUUGGUUUUAUUCACUGAUUUCAUAUUGGAUGCCUGGGGAGCAGUAAGACUACGAUUCUAUGUAUUUAUUAGUUAUGACCAGUUCACGUGCACUCUCACGCCUUUAGCUAUUGAUUGUUGUAUACUAGGGCAAAUUGAACGAAGAAAGUAGGAUUGUAUCCCCC